GCUCUCUUUUUUGCCAGCAAGGCGCUACGGUUUCGUAUUCACGCCGCCUUCGUGCUAACCUAAUUACGACAAAUCACCUUCCAAUAACCGAAGAUAGGCCGAUAAAAAUAAGCGGCAGAGUUGCGCCACUCGUGGCUGUUUGCAAAGUUCCGCGCGUCUACACUAGAGAGACAAAGUGUUGCCGAAGCAUUGAGAAGCAGGUUGCCGCCUCGUCAUGGCCUUGUCGGAUCAGCUCGUCGUUUGUUUUACGCCGUGCGAUGCUCGUGCCUAUCGCUACUAGGGGCAUUCGCGUGCUCCACUGCUCAAUUGAGCGUUUCCUGCCUGCGCGGGGAUUGUUGACACGCGCCAUCGGAGACUGCAAGGCGUGGGGACCUCUGAAAAGAAUGUCAGGCGCCAAGCCGAACGUGGUCUUCGUGCUGGGACCUCCCGGUUCGGGAAAAGGAACACAGUGCCAGAAGCUAGUCGAGAGAUUUGGCUACAAGCACCUGUCUGCGGGAGACCUUCUGCGGGAGGAGAAAGGCACCCCGGGCUCCCAGUUUGGCGAGGUCAUUGACCACCACAUUCGCAAUGGUACCAUCGUGCCCGUGGAGAUAACGUGCCGCCUGCUGGAUCGGGCAAUGCAGUCGAGUGGGAAAAGUCACUUCCUCAUCGACGGCUUUCCACGCAACAAGGACAACCUGGACGGCUGGAACCGAGAGAUGUCAGACCGCGUCAACCUGCAGUUCAUCCUCUUUCUCGAGUGCCCUGAAGAGGUCUGCGUGCAGCGGUGCCUCAACAGAGGCAAGGCGGGCAGUGGCCGCACAGACGACAACAUCGAGAGCCUCCGCAAGAGGUUUAAGACCUACGCGAACGACACACUUCCGAUUGUGGAGUACUAUGACAAGCAGAACUUGGUCAGGCGGGCUGACACCAGCUGCAACGAUCCCGAUGAGGUGUUCAAGACUGUUGCAGAGCAUUUCGAACCUUACGAAUCCACCAAGUGAAGACAACAGUCUUCGCUCGAGGCUUGACUUGUUCUCGCAUUUCAUAGUUGAGAUUACUGUAUAUGAUGUGCUCAUUUUUUUUUUUAGCCUGUUUGGACGAAUUUUUUCGCUCGCGUCAAGAUAGAACUUGUUGAGGGCUAUGCGGCAAUUAACGACGUAGCAUGGCAUUUGCAGUGUUGUCCGCCUUUCUUAAUCGUGUGCUUCUUUCUUCGUGUGGUUUACUCCUCCGUACGCUGCGUCGCACAAUGGACCAAUCGACUUUAGGACGUUUGCAAAAGGCGCCUUUUGCUGCACUGUCGAGGACGCCUUUUUUACUUGUAUGCAGUAAAAACUAAGCGUCAUUUUAGAUGAUUUGACCAAUUAUGGCAAAUGCUGUCUGCAAAUCGUGUCUUAUUUCUGGCCUAGUCAUAAGAGAAGCACCGGUAAAUGUCGUCUUGUCCUUAAAGUGGUGCUGGCACAAAUUUUGAAAGGGGAGCUUACUCUGCCACACAUGUCUUCUGUAUACAAGGACACCUGUGUGUAAUGUGAAGCUCACCCGUAAAUGCUGAUAUUACAUUUUGGCAAUAAAGUCCAUUCCCGCUUGGCACACUCACUGGCAUCCACCCUAGCGUGACAUCAGGCUAAUAUGUCGAUUCUGGUGACUUCAUGCACCAAUAUCGCUAGUUGUGAAGUUGACUACGGCUAGUUGACGGGACGCUCCUGCAUAGAAAUAGAGCGCAUCAGUAUUCUUAGUCAUGCUCUCAUUGUGAAGAGUUCAGGCACCAAAACAUUCAGUACAGCCGUUCGUACAUAACAAGAAAUAAUAAAAAUGGCCGCUUGUUUAUCGCCAACGGAGUAGGGAAUCGAGUGGUCGUAGAAACAUGGCAGUGUCUUGCCCAAGCUCACAAGAAUCUCAUGUUUUGUAGUGAAGUGAGGGUACGGUAAGAACUGAAACUAGCUUUUAAAAACAUGCCGUUAUUCGAUUUUUAGGGUGCCCUCAUGCUUGCCAUCACAUUUUUUAAAUUCUCGAGGGCUUGACCUUUCAUUGGACGCAAAAAUAAAAAACAUUGUACCUCUUUAAGAGGGUGGUGAAUUGUGCUAAUUAGUAAGCCACAAUACUUAGUGUCAAGCAAAAAGACAAUGUGUGAGGUAGGCUAUCACUCGUCUUUGUUUUAUCUUGUUGCUUUUCACUUACUGCUGUAGUUCUUGCUAGUAAUCGUAACAUUUUGUCUGUUGUGCACACAUUUGUUGAUAAUUCGAUGUGAUUGACGCCUUCAAACAUAUUGGCCGAUGGCAGUGGUCAGAAAUUUACUCCCCGGCGAGGCAGCGCCCGUUGCUUAUGAAAAUGCUCGUGUAUGCGUGAAAAGAGGUGUCACAAUGCUACCACAGUUGAACCUUUUUAUAAGAGACAUUCACCGGGUCGCAGUUCUUACAAAGAGGUUUGACUGUAGUUGUAAUGGUAUUAUCCAUUGGCAAAUUCGGAGCACUUCCAGUAAUACUUUUUUCUGCUCCAUGUGGAACAAGUCUAUUUCAUUGGCAGAUUGAGAGUGCUUCUUGUAUUUUCCAUUGACAGAUCUGGAGCAGCUCCGCCGCGAAAUUCACGGAGCUACUUUUUUCUGCUCCAUGGAAAGCACCCCGUGCCUUGAAACGGGGCCAACUUUGGGUGCACCAACGAAUGCCGUUCGCGUCGGAGCUCUCGUUUUGCUAGCGUAGUGUCACUUUGCGCAGCGUGCCCACUCAAGCAAGAAGAGAGACGCGCGUUGUGUUCCAUUCUGACCCUGCCACUUGCUCCAGAGGGAACGCUUGCGUUCCAUUGGUACAUUCCCUCCUGCUGCCCUCUGCCAGAGUGGAGUGCUCCGGCCCAGAGUUUGUCGGCCACUCCGAAUCUGCCAAUCGAUGACACCAUAAUUCAUUCACUUUACUCUCAACUGAAGACAAGCAUGGCAUAAGAUGAGGCAUAUGCACUCUGUUACAUUAUGAAAGGUUGUUCUCAUCUAUCUUUUAUCUGACUAGAUCAAGCUUUUUCCUUGCCCUUCUCUCUCACAGAUUGUUAUUAAAUUUUACCUUCUGGGACAGGAUGAAAGUGUGGUGGGAUGCAGUUUGUGUGUCGGCGCAGCGAAAUACAGUUAAACCUGUUUAUAACGAACUUCCAUAUAACGAAUUCCUGGAUACAACAAAGUUUUUCUAUUCCCCGCAAUCGCUUCAUAGGUGCACAUGUAUUUGCGACCUCUAUGUGACAAGGUAACUGCAGCAGACAACCUUGAUAUAACGAAUUUUUUCCCACGGACAAUCUUGGAAUUUCGCUCCGCAUUUCGGCAUUUUGGUACGAGCAUACAUCUUCCGCGGAAGCACGAAGCGGUGGCGGCAUGCACGCGGGUCGCGUCCACGUGAGGCGGGCCUGCACCUUACGAGCUGGCAUUGCCCCCUUUUUCGCCGCCGUAGUCGCAUGCGCAUGACCCCCACCCCCCCUCCCCAAACCAGAAAAAAAAACUUUUGCGCGUUGGCAGUGCCACGCUUUUUGUUAGCGUCACAUAUGUAAGGCCGCACUACAUUUAGAGGGCGCUUUACCGAAUAGUUUCCGCAGUAACCGCGUCCUUCGCUCUUCGUUUUCGACGCCGCGCGUGCACAUGGUCUGUCCUUCAACGAUUUUCAGCUUUGCUUUUUUUUUGUGAUAGCAAUUAUGUAUAUGGGCAGUUUCGGCUGGGUUUUUGCUGCCGCCGCCUUCAUUCACCGUAUAUGUAUUGUAUAUGUAUAUGUACCUAUAUAUAUGGAAAUUCAAGGAAGGGAAAAAAAAAAGCCAAUUGCGCUCGGCGCUCAGCUCGUCACGAUGUGCCGACAGGCGCUUAUCUCCCACGUGUACUUUGCCUUCGCGGAGGGGGGAGAGGAGGUUAGCUGCUUGUGCGCGCACGCUUAUCCUUCGGUGGGCAGAAUUGCGCGUCUUCGACUUUGACCGGAACGAUUGCGUUUGCUCUUUUGACAAAGUCCCUUCGCAUUGAAACUGCACUGAUACUCGCCGAGAUAGCAAGCGCGCUAGCGAUUGCGAGCGCCCUUAAAAUUCAAGUUCAUUAUUGCUACUCAAGCGAUUCCCCUCCCCCUCCCUACAUUGUUUCAUGCUCGUUUACGACAGGUGGUUUACUUUCUGUUUGAACAUUCGAUGGCAGUUCUAACACGCAGGAAAUGUUAUGCCCUUUCCGGGCGGUAGGGAUGGGUUGACUCAUUUGAUUUCUGCUUCAGCAGCGUUCGCGCGCCUUUACCUGCUUGUGAAAGUGACAAUGCGUGAGGGCAUGUUGUCAAUUUAGACUUGUUGCGGAACAUGGCGGUGACAGCAAGAACCCACCGAGAGUGUCCAUAUAAUUGCUAUCACAAUAAUAACACAGAUUUUUACUGUAAAAUGAGUGUUUAGGGUUAGUUCUGCCUUCAGUCCCCCUUUUGUUUAGUUUGCGAGUUUAUUUUUCGGAAUUUAGUGUCGAACCUGCAUAAAACGAAAGCCUCUUUUUCCGGGAAUUCAUCAAUUUUGCUAUAUCCAGGUUUAACUGCAUUCAGCUUUUUGAACCGGUGUUUAGUCUGGCAUGAUAUAGCAAAUGUUGUGUCGUGAAGACAAUUGUGUAGUGUGGCUACCCUACCGCUAUUUUCUCGGCGCUGAAAUUUUAGCGACUCUUGUGACUCUUGGAUACAGCCUUUUAAUGCCAGGUUUGCUACUGCACAGCUUUUUCCUUUCUUUUAGCACAUAGUGCCAAAGCAAGGUCAUUGACAUCUGCGUGUACCGAAAGGCAUUGCUACAAAGCCUGGCUUGUCACCAUAGCUGUAACUCAAGUGGCUAUUUUAUUACACACUGUAUUACUGUAUUUUUCAUAAACUCUACUGUAUUGUUUAGAUGACCUCAUAACUAGGCCAAAAAGCAGUGCUUUUGAAGAUCAUCGGCAUCAGUCUGGCAUCCAACGUGCUCUGCACUCCAAGAGAGCCUCACGUGUCUGUAACGAGCUGCGAUUCAGGCACUGCCUGCAUAACGCACCUAACCGUGAUGCUUUGGAAUCGAUUUUUUUUUUUUUUUUCAUUUGUUUGUGUGUGCUGGCAAGGUGCCACUAUACUUUCAUAACAUAGAUGUGUGUAGUUCUCAUAGUUUUUUUAUUUUUCUUAUGACCAUAGUAGGGCAAUACCUGGCCAGUGUUUAAUGUUAUCGCAGCUAUUUUUUAUAGCACAUAGCCCAAGUGAGAGAAGCGUGGCACUGCUGCACAGGCUUUCCGAAAAAUGCAUUUUGGGAUUUUCACACUCGUGGUAGAAAGUAUGAGGCAUGAAUUGUGUAACCAGUAUUACUUGGUUUACGUUGCGAUUUGUAUGUGCUGUAGAUUGUACCAUUGCGUAUGGAUUGUACAAUAAAUGUAUUGUGUGUACACCGAG